AUGCUAAGGCGAGUGCUUUGCGGGCAGCUGUGGGGUGCGCGUGCUGCUGCUGCUGCUGCUACUUCCAGCUACGCAGCGUCUUUUCCCCGCCACCAGCUCUUCACAGAUAGCCAGCGACGCAUGACGCACUGCGCCACACAAGCGGGGGCCGACGGAUCGAAGGACAUCGGCGACGCCGCGUGGCGGGCGAAGUUGACGCCGCAGCAGUUCCGUGUGCUGCGCGAGAAGGGCACUGACCCGCGCUUCGGGCCGUACGACGACCACUUCGCGCCUGGUGACUACGUCUGCGCGGCGUGUGGGUCGCUGUUGUACACAUCGGCGAUGAAAUUCNGGGCCGUACGACGACCACUUCGCGCCUGGUGA